AUGACCCUCUACGCGAUCAUCAUGGAAGUCAUUGAUGCCCUCUCCGCCUUUGUCAACCGCAUCGGGUUCUUUGAGCUUGUGGCGCGACGUCCUCACCUUUUCAAGAGCCCGUCUUCGCUGACGACGAUCCCUCCGCUACAGAUCCUGCAUCCCGAGAUUCUGCAAGACGACUAUAUUGCCCUGCAAGAGAGAUUUGAUCAUCAAACAUGGGGUGUGAGCAUGUCGACAGCGGAGCUAGAGAGAUUCAGGUACCUACUACACCUCGAGAAGCUACCACUGCUGGAUGACGUGCGAGCAGAUUACAAGGUCAAAGUGGAUGCGGCGAUUGACUUUAGGCACUCGUUCCAGGAGCUCAGGGACGUCGUCAUGAGUCAAGGCACCGAGAAUGUGUCACGCAGUACGCUCGAGGUCCUGGACCAGCGAAGAGCUCUCUUCUGCCCAGAAGAUGCAGCAUUUCGAGAGAUUUUGAACAAGGCGAUCUGCAGUCAUCUUGCCACCAAUACAAAAACAAUUGAUAUUCACUCUAGGGCUAGGGGAGGUAGUGUCAAUACCUUGGGGCCCUUGGAUGCCGCUGCUCUCGUCCAUCAUGGCGUAAAGCGUCGGAAGAGCUUCAGCGACUCGCUCAACCAGAGCAGUCGACCAGUUUCUCAGGCCGCGUAA